AUGGACGUGGUUGUGUGCAAAAACCACAGAGGACACCAGGAGUUUGCUGUCCAGGCCCAGCAUUUGAAACUGUCGGACCUAGGACUGAGACUGAAAGCUCAGGGCUUUCACAACAAUUACCUCUUCAAAGACAACAUCCCAGAAUACCCAAGGCCAGAGUUCCAGGUCUCCCAGCUCAGACACGACACGAAUGAAGGCGGGCUAUUUGGCAUAGCCGUCGAAAGCCAAGGGGGGUUCCGUGCUAGGGGCCGAGAGGGGCCAGAGGGUUUGGACCUGCUGUGGUGGAGCUUGUCUUUGGGAGCGGAGGAGAUGUCCUCGGCUGAACAGCGUCUGCUCCAGGCCAGGUACCCUGACAGGACGGAGGAGCAGGCCAGGGAGCAUACAUCCUUCCUGCAAAGGUUCGCCACCUCACCUGCCUUCCUGGACACCUCCAGGCUGGGCUCCUACCGCUUCACCUUCCCCCUGGAGGAGCUGCUCAAGAGAUAUCGGGAAAGGGUACUGAAGUGUUAUUAGUGGAACAGUUAUAAUAUCUGUAGAAUUAACAUACAGGACUGCUGGGUAGUACCAAUGGAGGCUGCUGAGGGGAGGACGGCUCAUGACAAUGGCUGGAACGGAGCAAAUGGAAUGGCAUCAAACACAUUGAAACCAUGUGUUUGACGUAUUUGAUACCAUUUCACCAAUUCCAUUAAGGUACCACCAACCUCCUGUGCUGGGUACAUACAGAGACCAUGUGAGAAUUUGUGGUCAAAUAAUUGAAAGAAACAAGAUCAUGUAAUUUAAUGAUAAUAAAGGUAUUUGUCUUUUUGUUUAGCUAUGUGUUGGACACGAGCCAAUCCUGCGUGUGUAUGAGACAGUGCUGUACAAACAGGAGGUGAUGUACUCAGUGCUAGUCCACAGUCACUUCAACAACGACCUCUUUGAGAAGUACCCUCUCCUCCAGGACAAUGACGAUGGAGUCUGUGCUUACAGAGAUGGACAGAUCAUCUGGAGACCCGAGGCCAUGUGUGAGACACACAGGUUAGAGUGUGUGCGUAUGUGUGCGUGAGUGUAAUUCACAGAUAAAUGUAAACAAUGUGCCACUCAAAAUGUUCCCAUGCAAUGCUAAAUAUGUCAGUUACUUUAGAUGUAACAUAGUAAUACUAGCUACAACAAUCACUCUCAAUUAUAUCAUGGGAUGCCUUAAAUACAACUUGAAUUGACUCACACUUUCAAUUUCUUUCCACAGCUUCAAACUGGUGUCAAAGCCCUACCAGAACCAGGAUGUAACCCACCUGAUCCCUGAUCCACAGAAACACCAGUUCUACAUUUGGGACAACGUUGAUGUAGCGUUCCACAUGGAUGAUUCACAGGAUAGAUUUCACAUUAACUUUAUUGAUUGGGUCAACAAUGUUUGUAUCGGAAAGUAAAAGGGUGUAAAUGAUUUAGUUCUAGCCCAACUCUAACACACCUGAUACAAUGAAUCACCUAAUUAUCAAGACCUUAAUUAGUGUAAUCUUUGUGUAAGUGCUGCCUGGAACAAAACCCUGCACACCCUGUAUCUCUCCAGGACAGGUUUUACAUUUACAUUUUAGUCAUUUAGCAGACGCUCUUAUCCAGAGCGACUUACAGUUAGUGAGUGCAUACAUCAUUUUUGAAAUUGUUUAAUACUGGCCCCCCGUGGGAAUCAAACCCACAACCCUGGCGUUGCAAACGCCAUGCUCUACCAACUGAGCUACAUCCCUGCUGGCCAUUCCCUCCCCUACCCUGGACGACACUGGGCCAAUUGUGCGCCGCCCCAUGGGUCUCCCGGUCGCGGCCGGCUACGACAGAGCCUGUUUUGAGACAACUGCUUUGUUGGCAUAACUUUUAAAGGUACAACAAUGUUGCCAAAGCAGUGAAUAGCAAUACUUUACAAUCAGUAAUCAAAAGUCUAGCUAUCGCUUAAGAUGAUGAAAAAAUCUGUUCCUCCCAGAUGUUGACCUUCGAUAUGUACAAUUUGAGAGACCAUCUGAGAUUCUGUGAGCCGGGACAGCCACCAAUUUCCCCCGACUGCGAGUUCACCACAUACGAGGAGGCCAAGGAGAUGGUGGACUGCUAUUGGCCUUACUACCAUACCCCCCUGUACUGA